AUGCUCAACCUCCGCCGCUCUAUGGCCUCGGCCAUGCUGCUCCUUGCCGUUUGUCUGGCCCUCUUUUCCCAGACCGCCGCCGCCGCAAAGGGCCCUAAGAUCACGCACAAGGUCUACUUCGACAUUGCGCACGGCGACGAGGACCUCGGCCGCGUCACCUUUGGCCUCUACGGAAAGACUGUCCCCGAGACCGCUGAGAACUUCCGUGCCCUCGCCACCGGCGAGAAAGGCUUCGGUUACGAGGGGUCUACUUUCCACCGUAUCAUCAAGGACUUUAUGAUCCAGGGCGGCGACUUCACCAAGGGCGACGGCACCGGUGGCAAGUCCAUUUACGGCAACAAGUUUAAGGAUGAGAACUUCAAGCUCAAGCACACCAAGAAGGGACUUCUUUCCAUGGCCAACGCCGGACCCGACACCAACGGCUCCCAAUUCUUCAUCACCACUGUCAUCACUUCUUGGUUGGACGGCCGUCACGUCGUUUUCGGCGAAGUCCUCGAGGGCUACGACAUCGUCGACAAGAUCCAGAACUUUAAGACUGCGUCUGGUGACAAGCCCGCGGAGACUGUAAAGAUUACCAAGAGCGGCGAGCUGGAGGUUCCUGCCGAAGGUAUUCACGUUGAGCUCUAA